AUGCUCCCUUCAAAACCUCUGGAGGAGGAAUAUUGGAUUGAAGGAUCCCGGAGACAAUCGGCUUUGCAGGAUUUCUAUCUGAUGGGACCGGAGCUGGGCAGGGGGGCCACCUCUGUGGUUUACAGCUGCGAAGACAAAGGAUCUCAGGUCCCGUAUGCUGCCAAAAUAUUGAAGAAAACAAUUGACAAGAAAAUUGUCAGAACUGAAAUUGGAGUUUUGCUGAGGCUCUCCCAUCCAAAUAUUAUCAAACUCAAAGACAUCUUCGAAACCCCCACAGAGAUCACGCUAAUCCUUGAGUUGGUGACAGGUGGUGAGCUGUUUGACAGGAUUGUGGAGAGGGGGUUUUACAGCGAGAGGGAUGCAGCCCACGUGGUGAAACAAAUCCUGGAAGCUGUCUCCUAUCUGCAUUCAAAUGGAGUCGUUCACCGUGACCUCAAACCAGAAAACCUUCUCUACGCAGAUCUCUCCCCCGAUGCUGCGCUCAAAAUUGGUGAUUUCGGUUUAUCUAAAAUUGUGGAUGAGCAAGAUACAAUGAAAACCGUAUGUGGCACACCAGGAUACUGUGCACCCGAAAUUCUCCACGGCUCACCAUAUGGCCCUGAAGUGGAUAUGUGGUCUGUGGGCGUCAUAACAUACAUUUUGCUAUGUGGCUUUGAACCCUUCUUUGACCCAAGAGGAGAUCAGUAUAUGUACAGCCGAAUCCUAAAUUGUGACUACGAGUUUGUCUCCCCUUGGUGGGAUGAAGUGUCCCUCAAUGCCAAGGACCUGGUGCAAAAGCUGAUUGUCCUGGAUCCUCAGAAGAGGCUAACAGUUCUUCAAGCCCUAGAGCACCCUUGGGUGACGGGCAAAACUGCUAAAUUUGCUCACAUGGACAGCACCCAGAAGAAACUGCAAGAGUUUAAUGCAAGGAGGAAAUUAAAGGCUGCCGUGAAAGCAGUGGUGGCAUCCAGCCGCCUUGGCAACCACAGCCACCACGAGGGAUGCAGAAAUGAGCGCCAUCAGGACGCUACCACAGAGGACAGCGCAGCUCCCUCGGCAGAGAGUGGCCUCUUCCUCCAAGAAGAGAACCUUUACGAGGAGAAGAAGAUGGAGACUGACACAGAAGAAGCCGUGACCAUAAACAGCCCCUUAGCCAAGGUCGAGAAGCUGGAAGGUUUCCAGAACGAGAGUCCCGUAACCCCGGUGAUGAUACUUAACGGUUCCGGCUGCAACACUUAACCCUACGGCACACCAGUGCAUUGCUCUUGCCGCCAACUCAAGGGGUAUAUGAAGUCUAUCGCCACCGCCGAUAGACCAAAUUCGAACAAUGACCAUCAAAGGCCACCAGCCAGAUUGAGAGAGCAAUUCAGAUGGAGGAGGACCGAAAGCUAGUUGAACUUAUGAGAAAGUGCUACAGGGACAUCAUCUUCUACAACCUGGCCUCUUCUGGUUAUGUGGGAUUCCUGCUCCU